AUGGCUUCCUCGCAGGUCGAUGCGCAACCCUCGGAGCGAAGCCCGCUACUCGGCGACGAUGGUCAGGCAGUGAAUGGUCAUGCCGCCGACGCAGAGCGCCUGCCGGGCGAUGCACAACACGACGGAACCGAUGAGGUCGUAGUAGCGGAAGAAGCAUCAAACAAGAAGCUCAUUGCCAUUCUCGGAACCCUCUUUAUCGGCGUCUUCUUCGCAGCGCUAGAUACCACCGUCGUCGCCACGCUCACUGCUCCCAUCUCCUCCGAAUUUGAGUCAAUGUCACUUCUCUCAUGGAUGGCGACAGGCUACCUUAUCGCCAACUCGGCCUGCCAACCUCUCUCUGGAAAGCUUACAGAUAUCUUUUCUCGCCGGUGGGGUCUCGUCUUCAGCAACGUUUUCUUCGCGGUCGGGACUUUGAUUUGUGGCCUUGCACCGUCAGCUGAAGCAGUCAUCGCCGGCCGCGUGAUUGCUGGAGUUGGAGGCGGUGGACUCACCUGCAUCACGACAUUCGUCACUUCCGACCUCGUUCCGCUCCGCCGCCGCGGCGUCUGGCAAGGCGUUGGUAACCUGGUUUUCGGCAUGGGUAUGGGUCUGGGUGGCGUUUUUGGCGGCUUCUGUGCUGACAAGCUAUCCUGGCGUUGGGCCUUCCUCAUCCAAGUGCCGUUCAUCGUCGUGUCCGGCGUCCUCGUGUGGUUUCUGAUCGACAUACCCGUCAACCCAUCCACCAAACCCCCUCUUCGUCGAAUCGACUUCCUCGGUGCCACUACUCUCGUCGUCGCACUGGUGCUGCUCCUCCUCGGACUCAACUCAGGCGGCAAUCAACUUCCCUGGUCCGACCCACGCAUCAUCAUCUGCCUGGUCCUCGCCUUCGUAACACUUCUCGUCUUCUUCUACGUGGAGUCAAAUGCCAAAAUUGUGCCGGAACCCGUCAUUCCGGUCUCGCUCAUCUUCCACACGCGGACUGUCCUCGCCGCUUGUCUGUGCAACUGGUUCGCCACCAUGGCCUCCUUCCUGUUCCUCUACUACAUCCCUCUAUACCUCGAGUCCGUCCGCCAUCUGAGCCCCACCGCUGCAGGGCUGCGAAUCAUUCCCAUCGCGGCCACCACGUCGCUCGGCAGCUUGAUCUCUGGCUUCGUCAUGAAAUCGACCGGCCGCUACUACUUUCUCAUGCUUGGUACCAUGGCUGUCUACAUUCUAGGCGCUGCCCUCCUAUCCACCCUGCAGACCGCGACCCCAUCCUGGGCCACCUACGUCUACGGCCUGCCCCUUGGCUGGGGAUACGGCGCGAUGCUAACCAUCACACUUGUGGCCAUGAUUUCCGCUGUUGAGCACAAGCACCAAGCCGUCAUCACCGCCGCGUCCUACGCCUUCCGCAGCACGGGGUCUACCAUCGGCAUCACCAUCGCCAGCGCCGUGUACCAGAACGUUCUCACGCAGGAACUCCGUGCUCAAUAUGGCGGUAUGGACGACAGCGAGAACGUCAUUCGAAAAAUCAGGGAUAGCCUCGAUGGCGUGAACCACCUGCCGCCCGGUUGGGACCGGGACGUGGUAGAAGGCGUGUAUAUGGACGCGCUCCGGGGCGCUUUCCUGACCGGCCUCGGCUUGACGGUGUUGGCGGCGAUUACUGGCGCGCUCAUGAGGGAGCACAAGCUGCAUGAGAACUUGGCGCGGAAAUGA